AACGCGUUUCCACUUCAGGCGUUCCGGUUCUCAGUUGCGGCUCGGAUGAAUCUUCGACGUGCGCGUGCUCCUGCGCGUGAUUCGGAGUUGGCACCAUCAGCGUCAAGUGUGUGUGUGUGUGUGUGUGUGUGGAAGAAAAGUUGCUCUGAGACCUGACAGUAUGGGAGACGCUCUUCAAAGUACCAGCCAGUGCUCCGACACCCGUCCGUGGGGCUUCUAGGUGAACUGUAAACUUUUCCGGAACCGCAAACACGCGUCCAGCAGCGGGGGACCGAGAAUGGACAGCCCGGGUUGUAGCAGAGACACGGCCGCGGAGAGCAGCGGGUCGGCCCGCAGAGAGGAGCCGAGCAGCGUGGGACGGUCGGAGCUGCUCACCUAUCUUACCUGUCUGACGGAGAGAUACCGGACCGCAAAGUUCAGCCUGGCCGCUUACCUGCUCUGCUGGGCCCUGCUCAGGUGGUACCAGAAACUCAGAUGCCAGCCUGCUCCUCCACAGCCCCAGGAAGCCCUUGAAGACUCCCCCCAUCUCUCUGAAGGAUUAGAUUUAGAGGGGGAUUUAGGCGCUGACUGCCUGGAAUGGUGUGAGAGAGGCAUAGGAGGAGGUGACACAUCUGAUGAGUAUUUUGACUCCCGCUCCUGGCACAGCGACACCCUGUCAGAUUUGAGUCCAGAUGGGGAGGACUCUUUGGAUGCCCUGCUGGGACUGGAGGACGCCUACAUUGGUCAGCGAGGAAGCAGCUUCCGCAAUGGGCAGAGUAAAGCCUGGCAAAGAGAGUCUGUGACAUCCAAGGACAGCCACAGAGAUGCGACAGAGACUUAUGUUGGACUAUCCACAUGUAGCAGGAGGAAAAGCCCAGAGAAUCACUUGGACCCUAAUAUUCCCUUGAAGCUCAGCACCAGAGACCUGUGCUCAGUCGAGAUCCGACCCCAUCUAAGCACAGAAAAGCUAAAACUAGACUUGCACCAAGAACAGUCCAGUUUACAGGGAGGCACGGAGCCAUACAGUUUACAUGUUCAGAGCCAACACAACACAGACACCUUUGAGACAAAGGUAAAUAGUCCACCAGACACUCAGGGAGUGAAGUUGCAUGUGCGACCUGAAGAAAGCAAUCCCAACAGGCUGAAGGAAUCUACACACUCAGAAAUAUGCAUGAUACAUGUAGAUCCCACAGAGGCCAAAAUUGUAGAGACACAACAACAGAAAAGCACACAUGAACAUGAGACAAGGUUACAGACAGGAAACACUGAUAGAAAAAGCUUAGAGAACACAAUCGGAGAAAGAUUAUUUAAAGUUCAGGAUGUAGAAGUAGAGAAUAUUGAACUGCUGAGCACUUACUCUGUAAAGAAAAACACAGGUUUAAAUAUAUGCAACAAUGGCUGCAAUGAUAGACAUCACACACACAUAGAAAAUAUAGAACACCAGGAUAUAAUCGAAUAUGACAAAGUGCACAGCAAGAACAAAUGGGACUUGUGCGAGAGUGUGGGGACAUAUUGUAGUGAAAAACAUCACAAAAUAGCAAAAAAUUGUAUAGACAACACAUGCCUAGCUGAUGCACAUUAUACUGAUGUAAUAAAUGCACCAACAUUUGACCGUACUUGUACAGCAACACACUCUAAAUCUGAGAUAAUUACAGAAAGUGUUGUAGCCAGUCCAAACAUCACAGAAGCAUAUGGUACAAAGACAAAUAGUGUCUCCCAUAAUACAAAGUCAGGGCUCAGAAACAUACUCGAUACACAAAUUGAUGUAUUGGCACACAAGGUGGAUAUUUGCUGCUCACAACCUCUGUGUGAGGAGAGCUCCAAGAGAGGACUGUCAGAGAUCCACCCUCAGGUUUGUACUAGUGUAACAAAGCCCCAGGAUAAGGCAUGGGUGUCAGGUGUCUACUUCCAGGCAGAGCAGUGUGGGUGUGUUGGCACUACAACAGAGAGGACUAAACCACCUGGGACAGUAAAUGAAAUCUGUUCCUCCAUCACAUUCUCCAGAGAGACCACAGUCUCUUUUCCAUCGGAUACCUGUGCUACUGAGCUGACUGUGGUUCCAAAGGGUUCUGUUUUAACCUUACCUGUCCCAAUUGUAGACAGGGAGGAGCUCACUGAGAGGCUACCCGAUCAGAAACGACUUCAGAAUACAAACUUACAACCACGGCAAAUUCCAGGUCAACCACAGAAUUUAAUCCCUAAUCAAUUGGAUCAGGGGGGUGCUACGAUAGAAAUACCCACUAAUUGGCAGCUCCAUUCUGUCAAAAAGCUCUGGGUCUCAGGCUGUGUAGAACCAGGGCCUGACUCAACUCAAAUCCAAUCUGACACUGGUAAGGGGACUGAGGAAUAUCCUCAUUCCCCAUUGUUUAAUAAUCUGUUUUUUCCUAGCAACCAAGGAGCAGAGGAUACCUCCCCUCUGUUAUCAAACAACAUUGAAGGAGAGAGGAGGAGGGUAGGGUCACCCUGCUCUCUUCACCGGCAAAACAAGGAGCAGGAGGUGAAGGGCAGUCAUGUUUAUCUUGACCAGGAACAAAUUGUGGAAGCAGUAAGCAAAAUCAGUCAUCCACAUUCAGAUCUUGGCACAAAAGAGCUUUCUGAGCACAGUGAGCUGAGAGUAAUUCCUAAAGCAAAUGCCAGGGAUCCAGAUGCCUACUUAACUCAGCAUGUACCUAGUGAGAUAGGAAAAACAUCAACAUGUCCUGCUGCUACUAAGUCCAUUCACAUAGCUCAAAAGGCCAUUUUGACAAACAUACAAACUACUGUCAGCACAGUUUCUAGUCAUUGUAAACAAGUUCAGCUGGAGCUGAAGAUCCCUGAACCUUCCUGUAGCCUACAGGCUUCUCUUUCUCUGCUCUCAGACUCCAACAAUAACACCAAGUCCAGUAUAAAUGGGGUGGGGAGAGGGGACGGUGUAGGCUGUUUCUCAGGGGGAACCCAGAGCAGCUACAAAAGUAAUGAGAGAAUAAUUUGCCCUCCUGUUGAGCCAUCAACGAAUGUGACCUCUGACCCCUUGGCAGAGGUAGACAAGCUUCUGGAAGAUUCUGAGGUGUUCCUGCCUUCACCGGAUCACAGACCCAACUGGAGCAGUGAGGACUCUGAAUCUAUUCUAUGGAAAGACCUUAAUAGCCACAGACAUUUAAGCCUGGCACAUGCAGAUGAAUUAGAAAAAGUAAAGACAGAGAAGAGUAUUCAGGAUAACACUGCUGUAGAAAUUCUGAAAUACAAGUAUUCUAACUCAGAGAGAAAUGAAGCCCUGAAGCCUUCACUGUCAAGUUCAAAGAGCAGAGGCCUAUUAGUAGACAGUGAAUUUAAAGAAGAGAAACACUAUUGCUGCCAACCAGGGGAUCACAGCUUACCCAACAAAGAAAGAGGUAGCUUAUCCAAAUCUUUUGAGGAACAUGCACUGGCUGAGGAGUGCAGAGACCACAGAAAGGUCAGCUUGCCAGCUCCACAGCAGGAGGUGAGGGUAGUAAGGUACUCACACCCUGAUACCAGCCUUAACCUGCUUGCUGUCAGUAGUUUAGAGCCAAUUCUAGAGGCUGAGCGUUCACUGGAACAUUGUUGCACAACAGAAGAUGCUUUAGAAAUAGAAACAACGAAAGAAUAUGAGAUCAUGUGGCCUGCUGAGGAAGUUAAGGAUAAUGUUAACUUUUCAGGGGACAUCUCCAGUCCACAUCGCCAGAAUGAGCAGGAGGAAGAAUCUUUUACCACUGCUGAGUUAGAACCUGAGGUGAACCCAGCAACACCUGUCCUACGUAGUAGUAGUGAAAAGCGCUGUGGACCUAUGACUGUUGCCUAUGAUGCUGUGUCUUACACCUCAGCUAGUAGCAACUGUGAUGAGUUGGAAGAUCCUCACUUUGCUAUUUCAGCCAGAAAUGCCAAUCCUGACAAAAUGAAGAGAAGCAAAACAAAAGGCAACCAGACAGGAAAUAAAGGCUCUAAGUUUUCUGUCUUUGCUAAAAUGCCUUCUUUUAGGAAGGCUAAGGGCUCAAAGGGUGCCAAAAGUGAGGAGGUACCCCAGGAGUCAUCAGAUGGAGUAGGGGAAGGCCUUCUGCCUGAGCAAGGGCUGCUGAGGGACAACUCAGAUGAUGAGGUUUUUGUCAAAGAUGACAUCCUCAACCAAACAGUCCACCAAGCAUUUUCCUCAUUCCAUUACGAGGUAGAAGAAGAUGACUGUGGCUUUUUGCCCUCUACACCCCACACUCGGCAUGUCCGUCAGCUAGUCGGCCAAGGGAGUAGCAGGGAGGGUAACGAAGGACCAUGCACAGACAACCCCCUCCUUAGGCAAGUCCAGUCACCUAAUGGGCAGACCUACAAGAGGAGCAAGAGCAACGACAGUUUAAACAUCCGCAUGCGCUUCGCACAAGCACACAAGUCCCUGUCCAGUCUGUUUGAGUCCCGUUCAAUGGAUAAGGAGAAUGAGGAGCAGGCCACUAUGGGCAUUGAUGUAGAUUCAGGUAAAGCCAAACAAUCCUGGAGGAAGCUGAAAAAGGCAAAGGAGGCUGAGCUUCUGAAAAGAACUCUUUCAGUGCCAGAUGGGGAAUGUAGCAACAUGGCUUCUGGGCAGGACUUUCUGUCCUCUCCACUCCUGGACAGGCUCAGCAGUCCAGGGUCACCAUCCUCCUUCAGAACCCUUCGCCACACAGAUCCUAUCACCAAGCGUGGAGUUCCACAAGGGAGUGGAAUGGAAACCCCCCACGGGUGCAAAUCUGAGGGCCAGAAAAGAAAAUGUUCCCCAAAUGUUCUACCUACCACACUGUGUGUGUCUGGCCUAUCUCCAUUUUUAGAUGACUCUGCAGUCCCACUGCCCAAUCACAUCAGCCCUGUCUCACCUUUGAGCCCCUGCUCACAAGUCAUCCUUACUCAUCAGAUUUCUCCAUCCUGGACCAGGUCUCAUCCAGUGGCCAAUGAGAGCCUGACUGAGAGUCCCCUACGACCAAUGAGCCCUAAACCUAACAGCCCUAGGCCAGCAGCUCAGCGCAAAAUCUUUCGCUACCCUCACUCAGCAAGGUCCAGUUCUGUCUCUCCUAUCCUUCUGGGCCAGUCAGUCAGCGUGGAGGGUUUGACAGACCCCCCCGAGAGACCUAAAACCCUAAAACCCUCAGCUAGCCCUCUGGGUCUCUGCCUCAGCCCUCUGGAUGUAGCCGAGGGCAGAAUAGACUGCCAGUCACACAUCAGCCUGUAUGCCAUUGGCUCCAUCCACGAAUUAGAGGGCACACAAAACGGUGGUCGACCUGCCAACAAGUCCAGAACAAGAAAGCUGUUGGAGUUGAAGGGCGAAGGGAAGGCCUCUGUGGUUCCUGGUGGGCUGAGGACUGGCUGGCAGGUGGAUGUAGGCCGUGAUGGAGGUGGCCAAAGGCGAAGGCAAAAGUGUUCAGACGACCUCUGGAUUGAAGAGCAAAAGAAAUACAAACGCAAACUGGCCAGAGCCAUCAGAAGGAGUCUGGUCCAACUCAGCACACUGUUAUCUGAAGACAUGGACAAAGUAAGAUGUGUCCACAGCGUGGCUGAUGCUGGAUUCACCUUAGGGCUCAUCGAUGUCUUCCGGGGGAUGCCCCUUAAGGCCCACUGCUUCUCUCAGAGCACCCCCAUUGGUCUUGACUGCCUGGGCUGGAGAAGACGCAUCUCCUACUCCUCGGUGGUUGUUCCUGAUGGGGCGUCAGAGAAGGUGGGGCUCGGGGAUGAACUUGGCAGUGAAGAGGAUCUACUGUAUGAAGAGUUUCGUGGUUCUGGACAUCGUUUUGGACACCCAGGAGGAGGUGGAGGGGAGCAGCUAGCCAUCAAUGAGCUGAUCAGUGAUGGCAGCGUGGUGUACGCCGAGGCUCUCUGGGACCAUGUCACCAUGGACGACCAGGAGCUGGGUUUCAAGGCUGGUGAUGUAAUCGAAGUAGUGGAUGCCACCAACAAGGAGUGGUGGUGGGGUCGCAUCAUGGACAGCGAGGGCUGGUUCCCUGCCAGCUUUGUACGGUUGCGUGUGAACCAGGAUGAGCCAAUGGAGGAGUAUCUGGCCCACCUGGAGGAGGCUCAGGCUGGAGAAGAGGACCGUGCAAGUCUGGGCUUGUUGCUGGGACCUGGUUUACCCUGCAAAGAGCAGAUGAGGACCAAUGUCAUCAAUGAGAUCAUGAGCACAGAGAGAGACUACAUCAAGCACCUUAAAGACAUCUGUGAGGGUUACAUCAAACAGUGCCGCAAGAGGACAGACAUGUUCAAUGAAGAGCAGCUUCGUACCAUCUUUGGCAAUAUUGAAGAGAUCUACCGGUUCCAGAGGAAGUUCCUGAAAGACCUGGAGAAGAAGUUCAACAAGGAGCAGCCGCACCUCAGCGAGAUUGGCUGCUGCUUCCUCGAACACCAAACAGAUUUCCAGAUCUAUUCGGAGUAUUGCAACAACCACCCCAACGCCUGCGUCCAGCUCUCUAAGCUCAUGAAGGUCAACAAGUACGUGUUCUUCUUCGAGGCCUGCCGACUGCUCCAGAAGAUGAUUGACAUUUCCUUGGAUGGCUUCCUGCUCACCCCAGUUCAAAAGAUCUGCAAGUACCCACUGCAGCUGGCUGAGCUGCUCAAAUACACCAACCCCCAGCACAGGGACUACAAAGAUGUGGAGGCAGCCUUAAACGCCAUGAAGAACGUGGCCAGGCUGAUCAACGAGAGGAAACGGCGCCUUGAGAACAUCGACAAAAUAGCCCAGUGGCAGAGCUCAAUAGAGGACUGGGAGGGUGAAGACGUUCUCAGCAGGAGCUCUGAUCUCAUCUUUUCAGGGGAGCUGACCAAGCUCUCCCAGCCUCAAGCCAAGAGUCAACAGAGAAUGUUUUUCCUUUUUGAUCAUCAGAUGGUUUACUGCAAAAAGGACCUCCUGCGCCGGGACAUGCUGUACUACAAGGGUCGGGUGGACAUGGACCACAUGGAGGUGAUAGAUGUGGAGGAUGGCAAGGAGAAGGAUUUCAACAUCAGUGUGAAGAACGCCCUGAAGCUGCGGUCGCUGGCUGGAGAUGAGGUCCACCUCCUGUGUGCCAAGAAGCCUGAGCAGAAACAGCGCUGGCUCCGAGCCUUCGCUGACGAGAGGAUUCAGGUCCAGCAUGACCGUGAGACAGGGUUCUCUCUCACAGAGGUUCAGAAGAAACAGGCCAUGCUGAAUGCCUGCAAAAGCCAUCCAGCUGGGAAACCCAAAGCGGUGACCAGACCCUACUAUGACUUCCUCCUGCGACAGAAACACCCCUCUCUGCCCACCGCUCUACCCCAGCAGCAGGUCUUCAUGCUGGCUGAGCCCAAGCGCAAAACCUCCACCUUCUGGCACAACAUCGGCAGACUGACACCCUUCAAGAAGUAAAAAAAUCUGAAAGGAAAAGAAAAGCCGUGAAGAGAAGGAACAGAGGAGGAGAAAGAGAAGAGCUCUCUGCUCGUGCCUGAAUAGACCCUUUUUAAUUCUUCCUCUCUUUUCUUUCCUACUCGUAACAUCGCCCUAACUGAGACACUGAUCUGUUGUAUAGAUGAGGAUGAUUAUGAUAUGGAGGAGAUUAUUUUUUUGAAAGCACUUUAUAGGUUGGCUAACAAUCAGACUUGAGAAUGGUCUCCUGGAGGGAGAGUGGACUCUUGCUUAACGUACUACUUCACCUUCAAUCAAGCGCUGACUGGUACUAAUACUACUACUGUACUGCUGCGAGCGAGUGUGGGACUCCUGGCUGUGCUGCCUCUGUGAAGACAUUGGCUGUCGACGAAAACCGCGUAGUUUAUUUCCACUGUUGUGUUGUUUUAUGAUUUGACAGAUGCCAAGUGUUCGCAGUGCCAGAUGUUUUUAUAUUUGUUUGUUGUGUCUGCUUUUGAAGAAAAAAAAGGGAAAACUGAGGAGAGGGAGGAUGGGGGGUGACGUUUCCUGUGCUUUUUCUCUGUGCAAAUGUAUCAUUUCAGGGUAAUUUCAGCUGGUUUUCGAACUGUUUUGUGAUCUCCAUCCGCCGAGAUUUGGUUCCGUACGUCUUCGGUGCGUUCGUCGUAUUGUGCAAACACUCGAUUGAAGUCAUUAAACGCAGCCCAAAGGAAGAUUCAGCUCAUCACAACAGCAGCAACCCACACACUCUGGCAACACACAUUCCUCGAGUCUGAUCCUUGACUCAUCCUUAUACCUACCGUGUCAAUGAAAGUAAACAACCUUUUCUUUUUUUCUUUCUUUUUCUUUUUUUUAAGUGCCAUUUGAGGUGUGUCAUGGAUGAUUUACAAUGACAUGCAUGGAUGUGAUGAAAAAAUACUGUGAAGAAUAUUUUUUUAUCUCUGAAGAACCCUGCUAUAUUUAACCAGAUGCAGGAGCUGAGGUUUCAUUGUGCCACUAGGCUGACAGCAUCCACACACACACACACACACACACACACACACACACACACACACACACACACACACACACACACACACUUACUGAUGUUCUUUUAUCUACCUGUAUUUCUGAUAUCCAGUAUUCCUGCUCUGUGUAUUUGGCCUCCAGUAUAAUCUCAUUUCAGAUCAAUGCAGCCCAGUGGUAUCGCUCUGUAAGUGCAUUCAGUGAAAUGUACUCCUUUCACCUUUAUGUUAAAAUGUUUUAGCUUCUGACUAUAUGGAAUAUUAAACAUUCCUAAGCUGACAAA